AUGGCAGGUCUGGGUGUGGUGAGGAUUCUUCUUCUCAUGCAGUCAGCAUUUCGAAUUUCUGUGGUUAUUUCCAUUGACUUAUGGAAUUUGGCUAAGACAUAUGUUGCCUAUAUUCUUACUGCACAAGUAUUUCUAGAGUUCUGCAGCCUGUGGUGGGGCACUGUGCUCUGUGUCUUCUACUGUGUGAAGAUCACCAACUACAGCAACAGAUUAUUCAUAAAACUCAAGAUGAGAAUCUCUGCGAUGGUCCCUUGGCUUCUUCUGGGGUCCAUGAUGGUGUCUCUUUUUUCCAGUCUUCCAUAUGGUUGGUGUGUCUAUUCAUUUCACAAGGAAAAUUCCACCAAUAUUUACAAUGGAACAAUCACUGAAGAUAUAAAAUUGAACAUAAACUAUGUCAACAUACACAUUAUCACCAGUGCUGGAUCUUUUGUCCCUUUUCUCAUUUUUUGUGUAGCCAUUUUCUUCUUGGUGGUACCGCUCUUCAAACACACUCGUAAUAUGAACAAUAACAACACUGGAUUUACCAAAGAUCAACUUCAUGUCCUUUUAAGUGCUAUCAGGAAUAUGUUUUCUUUUUUAAUCUUUUAUAUCCUCUAUUUUAUAAGUGGAGUUUUGUUUCCCUUAAGUGUGCAGUUAGGCAACUCUGUUUUUGUUUUAGCAUGCCUUAUUUUCCUGGCUGCCUACCCAAGCCUGCACUCUCUUGUGUUAAUUUGUAGCAAUGUAAAACUGAAACAAUCCAUCAUUGAUGCUCUCCACUGCUUUAAGUAA